CACCAACAGAAGUCCGUUUGCAGAAAAACCAAAUACGACGGCCACCUCAUAAACGAUAUAACUUUGGGGUAAACAAGAACAGAUCUGAUCGAUCAACAAUGGCGGAAGAAUUGGUGUUGGACACAGCGAUCAGAGACUGGGUCCUAAUCCCCUUAUCAGUAGUCAUGGUUCUCAUCGGAAUACUCCGCUACUUCGUCUCCAAGCUCAUGCGCACUUCUCAACUGCCUGAUUCCAAAAUCAUCAAAGAAGGGCAGGUGAUAAUUAGGGCUCGAAAUCUACGUGCGGCUGCUAAUUUCAUACCUGUGAAGGCGUUUCGUGCUCGGAAAGUUUAUUAUACCAAUGAGGAAAACGGUUUACUUCAUGUUCCCAAGGGCCAGGCUCAGAAUCCACAAGCACAAAUGUUCUCUGAUCCAAACAUGGCUAUGGAUAUGAUGAAGAAGAAUCUUUCCAUGAUCAUACCACAGACCCUCACUUUUGCAUGGGUUAACUUCUUCUUCUCCGGGUUCGUAGCAGCAAAGAUCCCUUUUCCACUGACUCAGAGGUUUAGAUCCAUGCUACAGAACGGGAUUGAUUUGAGUACUGUUGAUGUCAGCUAUGUUAGCAGUCGUUCUUGGUACUUUCUUAAUCUGUUUGGAUUGAGAGGUUUGUUUAGUCUCAUUUUGGGAGAGGAAAAUGCCACAGACGAUACACAGCGUAUGAUGCAAAUGAGUGGAUUUGGCUUUGACCCAUCAAAGAGUUUAGGUGCGGAAAAAGACGGUUUAGAUAUAGUUCAGCAUGAUUGGGUCCUUCCGAAAUUCGAGCAACGUGCCGAAGCCGUGCUCAGAAAACGCCUUAGCAGCUAACUUACCAUGUUGGUCUAGCUGACUAGUGGUAAGUUAUGAUUAUAGAUAUUUUGUUCUUGCAUUUGGGAAUUUUUGAAAGGAACUUAUUUGUAAUAGUUUUGAUGACAAAUGCUAUCUGUAACACCAUCAGAAUUACUUUAAUACUAGUUUCAGUACCCACUGUUGGAUCAUAUGUAUUUCAUUUAGAAUCAUUUUUUUU